CCAACAGUACAAUCUCAUUUCCAUGUAAUUAUGGUAAAGUUGGUACGGCCUUGCCCUGUUUGGGUUAUAAUUGCCUUCAUAUUUCAUAAUUCGAUCGGAAUAUAGAGCACGGCUUCUCAUCGGUCACCUCCAGUCCAGUCAACCCAGACCACGACUCAUUCUAUCUCUAUAACUAUUUCUGAUUAUAUAGCAUAAAUGUAUGUAUAACUGAAAUUGGAGGAUUAGGGGUGAGGUAUUUCAAUUCGAAGAUCGUCUGCCAUGGAGAAAUUAGUGCUUAAGCUCCGGAAUUUGGAUGCUUACCCUAAAGUCAAUGAGGAUUUCUACAAUCGUACACUCUCCGGUGGCGUAAUCACUAUCGUCUCCUCCCUCGUUAUGCUUAUUCUCUUCUUCUCCGAAUUCUCAUUGUUCCUCCACACUGUCAAAGAGACAAAGCUGGUAGUUGAUACUUCAAGAGGCGAAAUCCUAAAGAUCAAUUUUGAUGUUACUUUUCCAGUUCUUCCAUGUUCCUUACUCAGUCUCGAUGCAAUUGAUAUCAGUGGAGAGCAACAUCUUGACAUAAGGCAUAAUAUAGUGAAGAAAAGAAUUGAUGCUCAUGGUAAUCUAAUUGAAGCAAGGCAGGAGGGAAUUGGCGCACCAAAGAUUGAGAAGCCCUUACAGAGGCAUGGUGGCAGGCUUGAGCAUAAUGAAACAUAUUGUGGUUCAUGCUUUGGGGCAGAAGCGUCUGAUGAUGAGUGUUGUAAUUCAUGUGAAGAAGUUCGUGAAGCAUACAGGAAAAAAGGUUGGGCAAUGACGAAUACAGACUUGAUAGACCAGUGCAAACGUGAAGGUUUCAUCCAAAAGAUAAGAGAUGAAGAUGGUGAGGGAUGUAAUAUUGAAGGAUCUCUUGAAGUUAACAAAGUGGCUGGAAGUUUCCAUUUUGCCCCUGGAAAAAGCUUUCAUCAGAAUAUGUUUCUGCAGGAUUUGCUGGCUCUCCAAACAGAUACUCACAAUAUAAGUCAUAAGAUAAAUAAAUUAGCUUUUGGUGACUAUUUUCCUGGCGCGAUAAAUCCACUGGAUGGGGCUAAAUGGACUCAGGAAACACUAAGCGGUUCGUACCAGUAUUUCCUCAAGGUCGUUCCUACAAAGUACACCAAUAUUAGAGGCCAUGAUGUCCAAUCAAAUCAGUUCUCUGUGACAGAGCAUUUCAAAAAUGCAGAAGCUGGACACUUCCGAUCACUUCCAGGAGUGUUCUUCUAUUAUGAUUUUUCUCCAAUUAAGGUAACGUUCAAAGAGGAACGUGUUCCUUUUUUACACUUCAUUACCCACCUUUGUGCCAUAAUUGGAGGUGUUUUCACUAUAGCUGGAAUAAUAGAUUCCUUUGUAUAUCAUGGUCAAAAAGCAAUGAGGAAGAAGAUGGAAAUUGGGAAAUUUGGCUAAUUUAUUUUUCUUUUAGUGUUUUGUAUAAUGUGCCUCCAAUACUAUGGUUGGUAGAUUAUUGAUCACUUUUUUAUUAUCAUUAUCAUUAUUUUUUUUUAAUUAUAGAUUGUUGAAUUUAUGAGGUUGACUUUGUACAGUACACAUCAAACAUUCUACUUGCCACUAGGAGACUAGUGAUAGAAUCAUUCUUUUGACAAGAGUCACUUAGUCACAACAACAAAUAGGAGGCUGACUGAUAAUUGAACAUGAAUUUUGGUUUGAA